GCGACCGAAAAUCACACUCAUCAUUUAAACGUCAAAAUUCAUCUUCAAACACAGACAGCAUAGGUUAAUAUUGUACCAGAUGCACUGCAUGAAGUACCAAAUUUCCCAGAAAGAGCCACUUGCAGGUGUUGAAGAAAGAUGGAAUAUAUGAAGUUGAAUAUAUCUCUUUUUCGCUGUCAUGAUAAGAAAGUGGGAGGAUCAAUGUACGAUUUCUCUCACAUGGACCAUGCAUUUAACACAGAAACUAAUGAUGAUACUGCUAAAGAUCCUCUUAUUAAGAAUGUGCUUGGUGAAAAUUUGUAUUCAAGUUUUCAAACUUUAUUUGGUUAUCAUGAAGAAAAUACAAAAAGUAGAAUGUCUGCGACAGUAAGGACAAGGGAGGAAGCAGUUAAUCCCUGUGAAAGAAUAGUUUCUACAUUUGAAGUGACCUUUAAUCCAGAAUACGUAUGGCUUUGGUGUUUGAGUUUGGCUGUUAUUGGUGUCUUGUUGCUUAUUAUUGUCUUCAUUAUCAUGCCAAAAAUAAAAAGAAGAUUAACAGAAUUGAAAGGAAAAUCAAAAGAAAAUGAAAUGCCAAAUGAUGUUAAAGAACAAAUGGGUGUCAUAGAAACAAUUUCAACAGUAAACAUUGUUCCUGUUAACAGCAGCAUCUCAAUCGUACCUUUAAACAGCAGUGUAUCAGUUGAGGAAAAUAGUACUAAGAGUAAGCUUGAAUCUAGUAAAUCAAGUAAGCCAAUUAAAGUAUACUAUAAACCAUAUACAGGUAAAAGACCCACAUUGAGUGAAACUGACAUACACACUGUCCUUGAAGAAACAACUGGCAAGUUAAUUUCAAAACUUGACAGACUCUUGCUGAAAGGUGCAUCAAGUCUAGACCAAACACAGUCCUCUAUAGCAACACCACGCUUAGCCAGACAUACCCUUGUAAGAAGGCAACGUGUUGGCAGUUCUCCUAUACUGCUUCCAGGCCAAUCUGAUGAGAGUGUGGGAAACACUGUUGGGAAAUCUAAGUCCUGGAAAGAGUUUAAUGCUUUUCACAAUGAUAUGCAGAUCAACAGGACCAAGGAUUUCAAUUUUCCUAUGGAUGCUUUAGAUGUAAGCUCACAGAAAUUAGUACAGUAUUUCCAUAGAGUUUGUCCAAUUGAUGAAAACAUCUUGGAGGCAACCUCUUUGAUCAGCAGCUAUGCACUGUUUUUGUUGAAGUCAGAACUCGAAAACAUGACUGGGCAAUCUUCAUCUAUGUACAGAUUUUUAAAGUUUCUUCCAACAGGAUCUAACAAGUAUGGGACAAAAGUGUCGAGAAUAAACAGUCUUGAUUUUCUAAUGGUUGUUCAAUUACCAUUCAAAGUAGAAGAAAUGUACUUUGAGUCAAAGAGUAGCCCUCAAAUAUCCCCUGGUAUGAUUGUGUUGAGUUGUGACAAGGAUUCAACCAGGAAGGCAUCAGAGAGGUCUGGUUUGACACAAUGUGAAAUUGAUGGCAACGUUGUUCAGUGUAUAUCUGCAAAACGAUUCUUACAAGGGGCUGAGGAACUGGUGGUGUCGUGUCUUCAGAAUCUCUAUACACGAAUCAGGUCUGACAUGGACAAGUUACCAAUUACUAUAAAAAGGUCACCUACUGCGAAUUUGCAAGUUACAAUUGACUCGCGAGCUAUUGUUGGACUCGGUGAACCGGAAAUCAAGGUCAAUAUAGUCCCAGUUGUGUCCCUAGUGACAGGCAGUCUCUACCAAACCCCUGUUCUGUUUGCUACGCCCAGAUGUGAAGAAAAUGAGCUAAAGCCGUCAUCAGAAAAUAAAGCCUUAUGUCAUGACUGUUUCUGGAAAGUUCUGUGCGAAGACUUUGAAUGGAUAUUCAUCGACCAUAUCAACAGACUUCAGAGUGAGCAUGGCAACAUGUGUCAUGAGAUGUGCCUAAUGAUACUGAAAGCUCUGCUGACAGACUGUGGGAGGAAGAACCUCCUCGAUCGAGGAAUGUUCCAGAGUCGACAUAUAUCAACUGUCUUGUACUUAUUACUCCUAGAAAGCGAGCCGGAACAAUGGGCUUUCAACAAGCUUGCCGAUAGGUUCUCAGACAUUCUGCAUUUUCUACAGGAAGCUUACAAAACUGGCCUCCUGCCUGCGUUCUUUUUCAACAACCAGCACCUGGCCAACAAGAUGGCCGCUGUAGCUGGGAACCCAGUCUUGAUGAGAAAAGGACAGUUGAACUUGCUGGCUGAUGUGAGGCGGGACAGUCUAGAGAAGUGUUUGGUGUACAUGAAGGACCGUAUAAGGGAAGCUGGAUUGACAGACUGUGUGAAGGAGGAAUAUUCUCCAGACAUGUGGGAAUACGAGUUCUUCCUCUUCAAUUGAUGUCUUCUCUUUAUAAUAUUUUUUUUUAUUUUGGGUCAAAUAUGGCUGAAGUCACAAUCUGAAAAAGUAUAUUUUUCCCAAGUGACUGUCUUAUAUUCCCAUUCUUUUUUAAUGUCAGUUGAUCUCCAUGUUCAGACCUAUGAAUUAAAUCUUAUCAAAUACACAUGUAUAGUGUUUUGUCCUUAAUUUGAACAAAAAAUCAAUUUUUAAAUUGAAGUCAAAACCUUUUUCCAAUCCAAAGUGCCAAGGCCUGACUACAAAAAUGUUGAAAAAUUGCUUACAUAUGGGAAUUCUAUAGUUUUAUAUAUUUAUGUAUUUUUAGCUCAUCUAUUUUUUGCAAAAAAAAUAUGAGCUAUUGUCAUCACCUUGGCGUCGGCGUUGGUGUCGGCGUUGGUGUCGGCGUCCGGUUAAGUUUUGCGUUUAGGUUUACUUUUCUCAGAAAGUAUCAAUGCUAUUGCAUUUAAACUUGGUACACUUACUUACUAUCAUGAGGGGACUGGGCCGGCAAAGUAAGAUAACUCUGGCAUGCAUUUUGACAGAAUUAUGUGCCCUUUUUAUACUUAGAAAGUUGAAAAUUUUGGUUAAGUUUUGUGUUUAGGUCCAUUUUAUUCCUUAAGUAUCAAAGCUAUUGCUUUCAUACUUGCAAUACGUACUAACUAUCAUAAGGGGACUGUGCAGGCAAAGUUAUGUAACUCUGACUGGCAUUUUGACAGAAUUAUGUGACCUUUUUAUACUUAGAAAAUUGAAAAUUUGGUAAAGUUUUGUGUUUAGGUCCACUUUAUUCCUACAGUAUCAAAGCUAUUGCUUUCAUACUUGCAACACUUAUUAACUAUCAUAAGGGGACUGUGCAGGCAAAGUUAUGUAACUCUGACUGGCAUUUGGACGGAAUUAUGGGCCCUUUAUACUUAGAAAAUUAAAAAUUUGGUUAAGUUUUGUGUUUUGGUCCACUUUACCCCUAAAGUAUCAUAGAUAUUGCUUUAUACUUGGAACACUCGCAAACUAUCAUAAGGGUACAGUAAAAAGACAAGUUGCAUAACUCUGGUUGUCAUAAUGGCCCUUUUUUGACUUCGUAACUUUGAAUAUAUGGUUAAAUUUUGUGUUUCGAUCCACUUUACUUCUAAAGUAUCAAGGCUAUUGCUUUCAAACUUCAAAUACUUUCAUGCUAUCAUGAGGUUACUGUACCUGGCAAGUUGAAUUUUACCUUGACCUUUGAAUGACCUUGACUUUCAAGGUCAAAUUAUUAAAUUUUGCUAAAAUUGCCAUAACUUCUUUAUUUAUGAUUAGAUUUGAUUGAUACUUUGACAAAACUACUCUUACCUGACAUACCACAAUAGACCCCCCCC